CUAGCCUUGAACUUGGUAUCCUCCUCCCAGAAGCUCCCACUGCAGGAAUAAGAGGCCUAGACAAGGACAACUGGUUGGCAGUUUAUUCUCUGUCUAGACACAAUGUGUAGGGGCUGAAUGUCUGCAAGAGUGCAGUGAAAAUGACGGACACCAGCGGUAGGGUUCCCAAGCCUUGGAUGGACACAGAGUCCUUUCAGUGUAUGAUAUCCUCAAGCAGGUGCUGGGUGGAAGCCCUAGGAGUGAGUGGGUGACUGGAGGAGGCAGGCAAGCACAGGCACUUGUACAUGGGGAGACAAACUGGAAGGAGGGAUCUGGUGUGAACCCAGUAAGUGGUCCUCAUUACCACGACAUUAACUGGACAGAGGACAGAGGUUGGUUGGUUAUGUGGAGUGUGCCUAGUUUUGCUUCUGACCUGUCACGGGGCCCAGCCAGCACCCAGGGGCCAUUUUGCAGAGGUCUGGUCUGAGGCUGAGGCUCAGAAAAGGGGACCUCCAUUGGUGCUGUCAUCUCCGGAGAUGAUGUCAAAAGGGCCAGGUUACCAGCACCCACAUUGCUGUGCAGCUGAGCCAGCUCAGUUGUAUGGAAAGCAGAGGGGCAGCAGGAUGUUUUCCUGCUGUUGCCUGCUAUUCCGCAGAACAACUCCACAGAGAGAGUUUGAUUAUAGUUCACAGGCGCUGGGUAAUCCCCUGUCUGGGUCGCUUGAGCAGAAGUCCACCAUGCAUCCCACAGGUGAAUCAAGGAGGAGGGAGAGUGAGUCCUCUCACCUACUACCUUCUGGCAGCCUCAGAUCCCAUAUGUGGGUAUAUUCAUGAGUGUGUGUGUGUGUGUGUUGCAUGUGUGUGCACGCGUGCGCGCCCAGCACAGGCUGUUUUCAUGGUAUGGCCCCAAUCCUUUUCCCAGUGUGCUGCUGUUUCCAUGUUUGAACUGUGUCUUAUUUCUUCACCCCAGUUUGGGUGGGUUUUAGCCCCAACUGAUCCUGAUCCCUGCAAGGCAGGAUAUCUGCAGGGAGGCAAAGUGGAGAAGGUAGUCGACCACUUAGUGCCUGCCCUGCUCUUCAGGAAUGCCUUGUUUAUCCCAGUAUUUCUGGGGACAUACCUCACUUUCACGACUGCCCAUCACGUAUUGAACCUGCUGUUCAAUAGGUAAGCGCCCUCUCUGAUCCUUGGAUCGAGCCCAUUGACUAGGCCUUGGCAUGUGCUGCACCAAUGCAGAUCUGCUUGGAUCCUGGCUACUGGCAUGCUAGGACCAACAUCCUCGCUGCCUGAGGCUGGAGUGGUGGGAUGGGCCCUGAACAGGCCUGUCCACAUCAUGACCUUACACCCCGGGGAGCGCAGGGCUGUGGGCAGAGCUGGGAGAAGCCCCUUCUCUCAUGAAGGCCCCCUUCUCUACAUCGAGGCCUCACAUGGCUGAGACCCCAAUCAAAGCAUUUUCCAAAUUGACAGUAGUGGUUGAUGUCCCAUAUGGGUGUCCUGACCUACGUGAACCUCACUAGGAAGCACAAGGGAAACCCUGACAGACCCUAUGCUAAUUCCGGUAUGUGGGAAGAAGGUAGUGGGCUCAUUACCUUGCAUUUCUAGACACUUGGAACCACUCAGUGAAAAGAACAGGGAAAUCAUUGUUAUCCUGAGUUCUAUCCUGUGCCCAGAGAGACCACUGGGACUGUAGACUUCACAUGUAGACACAGUGCAUGUGACAUUCUCAUGAUGACCCCUAGGUACAGCCGUUUCCUUGAUUAUGAGGAGAAGGCAGGUGUGCAGGAGCACCUGCAGCAGUGAGUGUGUCUGGGGGAGGAGGGAAGGCAUGUGUCUUCAUGGUGGGUGCAGUGGAGAGCUGGCCUUGGGGAGGCCUGGGCAAAGGGAAAUAGCAGCCACUCCUAAAGGAAUGCUCAAGUCCAGGUAGAAAUGUGUCCACACAGGGAGUUAGUUUGGCUUGUUCUGUACUUGAGAGUGUGGGAGAAGCCUCUGGCACUGUGACCAGCCAGUUCCAUGUGCCUGCCCUGGGAAACCUCAGGACCACACAGAGCAGCGAGGCCUACACUGUGCCGUCAUGGACAAUCCUCUAGGAUUCUGUGAGUGCAUAAGGGCCAGGGUGUGCUGUUUUGGUUGAGAGUCAGGCAAAGACCAGUCACACAUGGCUCUAGGACAUUGAGGCUUCUAAAGACUGCAUGAGUGAGGACAUUCUGGGUUCUGGGGACAAGGCUGACAGUUUGAGGAGCAUGCCCAGGGACACCAGGAGCUGUGUGUGGGUGGGGGGUUUUACCUGUAAUGUAGGUGGAGUAGCAUCCCUUGUGUAGACAAUGUCUGCAGUGCAGCCAGGUUACCAGGCCUGCCAUGGGGUAUAGGCAGGAGUAGGCCCAGGAGCCCAGCUCCCACACCUGUGCUUGAGGGGGGUCUGAGAGGAGGCGAGGCCCAACCUCUGAUUCUGCUGCUUCUCCCACUACAUCUAGAGCCUUCUUUCAUAUUGGGCUCAUGGAUGAGGGAGUACCCAGAGGAUUUCACUGAAGCACUGGACAUAUCUGCCUGCAACACAUGGUAAUAUAUCUAAACUACAUUGUGCCUGGCUCUGUGGAGGAGCAGCAGGCCCACACAUGCAUCCCAAGCAGCUAGAGCUGGAGGGUGAGUAGCAUGGGCUGGCAAAGGAGAGAACAGGUGUGGGAUUCCAAGCUUUGUCCACCUGAAGGCAGCUCCCAUGCUACCAUGGGGCCAUCAACAGGACAGCCAGGGAACCUGGAUGCCUUGGCAUGAAACCUGUCCUGGCAGGGCUUCCUGGGGUGGAGUCCAGGGACUAGGGCUUCUCAGCAGGCAGGGGUCUCGUGGCCCUAGGAAUGACUGAGGGGAAGGCAGUGCUGUAGGGGAUCUUUUCUUGCAGCUGUUCCACCAGCUGCCAGGCUUGAUGAGAAAACCAGUGUACAAAAGAGUCACCUGAACCACUGGAUCCAACACUCUGCAUAGAAACAGGGCUACCAUGACAGAGCUGGAACUAGCUGCAGCCUCAGAGGCCCCCUUAGCUCCAGAACCUGCAGUGGAGCUCCAGUGAGAACCCAAGGCAGACGGAUGUUCUGACUCACCUGCACCAUCUUUGACUGAAGAGAUGAAGCCACCCGCAGGGAAGCCAAUGGCCCACAGCCUUCCACCAUCAACAGCAUCAAGAAUGGAUCUUGACCUGCAAUAUGCAGAUCCUCUCUCAGGUGAAAAAACAGUGGCUGCUCCCCCAUUGCCAGCGGCACUGAGCCCAGUUGCUCCAAUAGCUUUAGAGCCAGCAAUUGAUGUGCCAGUGCAUGCAAGAGAAGAGGGGAUGUCAGUGCCCACUCCAGAGCCCCAAUGGCCUGAAGACCAGACUGACCCAAUUCUGCCACCUACCCAAGAACGAGAAGCAUCUGCAGUUCAACCAGAGGCCCCAAAGCCCACUGCAGGGAACAGCUCAGGGCCAGAGCUAGAGGCUGCAGGAGAGGAAAGAUGGGAGUCUGCUCUCCUUGCACCUGGGGAGCAAGUGGAGUCUUGCCCGCUUCCUGGAGAGGCUGACUGCCUUGAGCCUGUUGCUGAGCAGCCAGAGCCACCCGUACAGAAGCCUCUGCCACCCAGCCGGGAUGUAGCACCCAUCCCAUCUGUGCAGCUGGAUGCUGAUGCAGGCUUAGGAGGGGACUCUCAUCCAAUUAAUGACUUGGAUGAAGACCAUGAGCUGCCAGUGGCUGAAGACACCAAGGGUACUCUGCCCUGUGCUGCCGAGCCAGAGCCUGCACACCUGCCAUCUAGCAAGGCAGACAAGCCAGCUGUUAUGCACCCAGAUCCCUGGGACUGUUGUGACAUGGGAGAUUUGCAGAUUUCCUCCAGGGAGCCAGCCUUGAUUUCAAUGAUGGAGUCAGACCAUGAUGAGGAGACAGCUCACAUGCUAGAGCGGUUGCCCGACCUGAAGGUGAAGCAGUUGUCCCUCAUGGCGGUGAAGCUGUUCAAAGGGCUGAUCCCUGAGCAAUGCUUGAGCUAUAUAUAUUAUCAACCGGACCACGAGGAGGGUCUGGAGCACCUGGCACCCACUGUGCUGGCCAUCCUGGAGCACUGUGAAAAAUUGCACACCUGUGUGAUCAGCACAUGCCUCGGGGACCACAGCACAGAGGCAGCAGAGAGGGCCCAGGUGUUGGAGCACUGGAUAGACGUAGCUUUGGAGUAUCCCGAGGGCACAGUCCCUUACCUGGGCACCAUCCUCACUCACCUGGCCUCACUGCACAAAGACAAACAUUCAAAAGAUGAAUACAAGGUGAUUGCACUCAUGAAGAAACUGCAGGGCUCAUGUGAGGAGCUCCACGUGGUUCCUGACAUGAACUUCAUGUCUUGGUUCAACAAUAUCAAGCGCCUAAGUGAAUCGGAAAGCUCCAAGCUCUCCAGGGAGCUGGAGCCUCCCCGCAGGGCAGGCUUCCUGAGCUGGAACAACAAGAGGAGCCCUCCCCUGAGGAAGCCCUCCAGAAAUUCCCAGGCGUCAAGCAGAGAGCUCAGCAGCAAUAGCAGCUCCCAGUUGGAGACCUGUGAGCAGCUCAGCAGUGGGAGUGGCAGCCACACACCCAGCAUGCACUGGGGCUGCUCACCCAAGCCUUGUGCACACUGCAACCCAUUAUAUCAGUCUGCCCCAAACAUCUGCGGGGCAAACACGAGGACAGAAGAUGAGGGCAUCUUGCCAUUCCUGAGCCCCCAGACCUCCCGGAGAGCUGGGCAUGGGGCUCUAUCCUAGGCUACCCUUUCUUCAGCCAAGAUGCCUGCACUCCAAUCAUGGAAAAUCACAUUCUCCAGUGCAUCAUGGGAAUGCAUUGCACAAUGUGCCAAGUUGCAAAUGUCAUGGAUUACCCAU